AUUUAUUUACAUUCCACCUUCCAAGCUCCAUAGUUCCACUGAGUACUAUUUACGAUUUGCUACUUGCUGGGUGCAGUCAGUGUCAAUCUGUCAAAGUCUUGGACGUAUGGGAAAAAUUCGAGUGAACAACAGGAGCUAGGAAAUUGUUUUCUUUUUCAAAAAUCAUUCCAAUAAGUAUUUAUUUGCUAAAAUGCCGGAGGAAUUCGAUGGAUGCGAAUGCGUUUGGAGCCAUGAGCUCGCUAUGCGGCGGUUAUUAUCAUUGAUACGUCAAGGACAGGCACAUUGCACUGACAGCGAAUGCACGGAUGUGGUAUUGCCACGGCCCAACAACGAUGCCGGUGAAAAUUUCACGUUCAUGUCGAUGUUCUUUCUAAUUGCUGUGAUAUUGUACUUUAUUCGACCGAGUGCUUUUAUGCGGCCACAAAAUGGUACGGAGAAACCACAACAGCCACCACCAGGUGGAGAGGGUCCAAACAAUGGAGCACCACCAACCAUCAAUUGAUAUACAGUGUGUACGGGUAUCCCAUUGAAUCAGAUAACAGUUUAUUUCUAUCAUUCUCAAUUUGCAAGAUAAGAGCCAGCGGUGACAGAAUGGAAACAGUUGAAGUUGAUAUUUUGCAAGGCUCGCGAGGGUCAAAAAGAAAAUUUCAGUUCAAAUGAAUAUUUCUCCUUUUCAGAGCAGAAUUGAAAAUCAAUGUAUUUUUCCUUUAGCUCUUGAUAAACAUUGGGUACUUUUCACUGUUUUUUUUCUAUUCUUUUAUUAUAUUUCCUUAUCCACAUAAAUUUGAAGAAGAAUUUAUUAACACAAGUAAUUGAAUAGAAUGUUUUAAUAAUUAAAACCGAAAUAACAAAAUUGUCA